GUAAAGGAGCAUACGUAUGUGAACAAUGAAUAGCCAGGCAAGAAAUCGAUGGAUGUAAUUUGAGUGAAUUUGUUCUUAAGGUGAUUGAAACUAAAAAAAACUAAACCCUUUUUUUGGAUUUUCUUGGAAGUACAGCCGUUGUGGUAUUUGACAGGGUUCGUUUUCUGCGCUAGCUGCGAAUACAUAAAGAGCCUUCAUAUUUCAGACAGCGUAAGGCAAUGCCCGACGAAUCGCCAAAUAAUGCGGUCUCUCAGGGCGGUGGUUCAGCCACCGCCCGUGAAAAUACGGUCGCACAAGAACGAAUUAGGACCAGUGGUGGUCCUACAUCUACGGCGAGUAAAGACGAAGCCGUUCAGAGACAGGAAUAUAUCAACUCAUUAAACCAAUGGCUGUGGCAGUGUUACCAUUGGCAACAGGUAAAUUCGGUGGUAACAUCUGCGAUGCUUCAUGGUGUCGCACAAUCUGGAGGGGCUUUCAAUGUCAAUCGAGGUAUCAUCGGGACAGGGCAACAGGUAACAGUCGAUGCCACGACACAGUUCCAGGUGAAUAUCCCGUCGAUACCAAAACGGCUUGCCGCGGAGCUCAUUGAUUGCGCGAUUUUACUCGUUGUAAAAUUUAUAAUCACCUACAUAGCUGUCGACUAUUUUGAGAUCAUCGAUUUGCCCAGCUUUAAUUUCAGCUCCUUUUCCUAUGACUUACGCAUCUUGCAACAGGACCUGCUAACGUACUCAGUCGCGCUGGAGAGUAUUCUCGACAAAUGGCCAAUUUUAUUUCUCGAGAGCGUACAUCGAUUAGUGGUCAUCCUAUAUGAGACACUGGCUGUCUGGGGAAUGAUCGGUCGAGGACAAACCAUCGGCAAGUAUAUAAUGAACAUUCGUGUGAUCAACUGCUGGCAGUGCGAAACAGUCGUUCCGGGUGUGUUACGGGUCCGAGUGUCGUGUGGGGUUGGCCUCCUCUGGGCUUUACUACGGGCGACUAUGAAAAAUUGCGGGGUGACUUUUUUGUUUCCAGUUUGUGUGACCGCUUUUUUCUUUCAACACAACCGCGCGGUCUACGACCAGUUGUGUAGGACUUUGGUUAUUGAGGAGCCCCGAAAUGGGCCGAGGAUUGUGGUCAAUUAAAGCCAAAUUAGAGAAAACGACAUUGUAAAUAGGCAUCUGUUAACGGUUUGAAAUCUCUCCAGUAUAGAUUAUAAAUGUUGCUGUCUUAUAAGCUGAAUUAUACGGGACUUUAAUAAUCGGGUUACCGAUGGUAUUAAUAUUGAUAGAAAUCAGGACGCUGAAAUAUGGUAUAUAUUACGGUAACGGUCAGCAUCACAUGCAUAUAGAUUAGAAUAUGUGGUUAAUCAGUUACUGUAAUAUAGUAAAAUAUAUAAAUUGAAAUAGAUAGUUUCACU